UGCCGGGAGAUGACGAGACCACCCGAGUGGGUUUUUUUUCUUCUUCUUUUUCUUCAGUUUUAUGAGACAAAGACAGAGAGGCCUCGGGUUUGGUUUCCAAUCACUGUGUCUCCGUCUCGUUUGGGUCCUCUGGACAGCCUUUUGAAUCCAGGACACCGCCUCUAUUGUCGCGCGCGCUCACCAUUCUUUGUACCCUCUCCAAGAACAGACAAGGGGCACUUUAGAUACGCGUUUAACUGACAAGUGACGCCUAAUUUUUAUUUAUUUUUUUUACGUUACACGUCGAACGAGUAGCUACACGACUCGACCAAAAAAAAAAAAAAAAAACCCUAGACGUUGAAGGGGUCCGGUUUUAUCAACCGCGCUGAAUUAAACAAAAGCUCCUGUUCCAUGUAGCGGCUCCAGGCAGCAGCUUAGCGCCUCCCUGUGUGUGGAGCGAGUGACAGCUGUGUGUGUGUGUGUGUGUGUGUGUGUCUUAGUGAAGGAGGCUUCAUCUCCCAAAUAGGAUGAGCAGCCGAUUUGGUGCUGGCAGCGCGGAUGGUCCGGACCGAUUCGCUGUUAGUGCUUUGGAGCGCUCUUUGUUCAGGUUCACUGUGUCUCCGCGGACUGUUUCCACACCAGACGGAUUUCCAAUGGAUUUUCCCGUGUGAAGACGGAGCGCGUGAACACGGCUAAAGUAAAGACAUAGAGAGGAGCCAGUGCAAAAAUGAGGUCAGAGGCCUUGCUGCUGUAUUUCACCCUGCUGCAGAUGGCUGGGGCCGCCUUCCCAGAGGACUCGGAGCCAAUCACUAUUUCACAUGGCAACUAUACAAAACAUUACCCAGUGUUUGUUGGACACAGACCAGGAAGGAACAACACACAACGGCACAAAUUGGAUAUUCAGCUGAUCGUCAUAACGAAUCGGACCCUAUAUAUAGCCGCAAGGGAUCACAUUUAUACAGCGGACAUCGAAACAGCCAACACGGAGGAGAUCUUUUUCAACAAGAAACUGACAUGGAAGUCCAGGCAACCGGACGUGGAUACCUGUAGAAUGAAAGGAAAACACAAGGAUGAAUGCCACAAUUUCAUCAAGGUCCUUCUCCAGCAAGAUGAUGACACCUUGUUCGUGUGCGGGACAAACGCUUUCAACCCUUCUUGUCGGACAUACAAGGCGGACACGCUGGAUGCGCUCGGGGAGGAGAUUAGUGGAAUGGCCCGGUGCCCAUAUGAUGCCAAGCAUGCCAACGUUGCCCUGUUUGCUGAUGGAAAGUUGUACUCUGCGACGGUGACCGAUUUCCUGGCCAUCGAUGCCGUUAUUUAUCGUAGCCUGGGAGACCAGCCGACCCUGCGCACCGUGAAGCAUGAUUCAAAAUGGCUGAAAGAGCCCUACUUUGUUCAAGCAGUGGAUUACGGGGACUUCAUUUAUUUUUUCUUUCGAGAAAUCGCUAUGGAAUACAACAGCAUGGGAAAGGUGGUUUUCCCACGAGUGGCCCGUGUGUGUAAGAACGACCGCGGCGGCUCACAGCGUGUACUGGAGAAACAGUGGACGUCGUUCCUGAAAGCUCGCCUCAACUGCUCCAUCCCGGGAGAUUCGCACUUCUACUUCAACAUCCUGCAGGCUGUCACUGACGUCAUCCGCAUCAACGGCCGUGAUGUUGUCAUGGCCACCUUCUCCACGCCAUUUAACAGCAUUCCAGGCUCGGCCGUGUGCGCCUACGACAUGGCGGACAUCGCCACCGCUUUCACUGGCCGCUUCAAAGAGCAGAAGUCGCCGGAGUCGACCUGGACACCCGUACCUGAAGAGAAAGUCCCUAAGCCCAGGCCGGGCUGCUGUGCCGGAACCACGUCAACGGAGAAGUACAAGGUGUCUAAUGAGUUUCCAGACGACACCCUAAACUUCAUCAAGAUGCACCCGUUGAUGGAUGAGGCCGUACCAUCCAUCGCCAACCGGCCCUGGUUUCUCAAGACAAUGGUUCGCUAUCGGCUCACUCGCAUUGCAGUGGAUAAUGCCGCCGGGCCCUAUCGCAACUACACCGUUGUUUUCCUGGGCUCUGAGAGGGGCAUCAUCCUUAAGUUCUUGGCUAAAAUAAGCAACGGCUUUCUGAACGACAGCCUCUUCCUGGAGGAGCUAAGCAUCUACAACCCGGAGAAGUGCAGCGUUGAUGGCGUCGAUGACAAGCGCAUCAUCAGCAUGCAGAUCGACAGCAGGAGUCACUCACUCUUCGUGGCGUUCACUUCUUGUGUGGUUAAGGUACCGCUGUCACGCUGUGAGCGACAUGGGAAGUGCAAAAAGUCCUGUAUUGCCUCCAGGGAUCCUUACUGCGGCUGGGUGUCUGAAGGCGCGUGCCUGGAAAUCACAAGCACAAAAUGGCCGUUCGAGCAGGACGUGGAGCAGGGCAACACAGAUGGACUGGGAGACUGCCAAAACUCCUUUGUGGCACUAAAUGGCCACUCCACCUCUUCUCUCAGCACUGUGCAGCCCAAAGACCCCCCUGAGCCCACUGAUAAGAGGGACCCUUAUAUCGCAGUGCCCUCUCUAACCCAGCACGAGUCCACCGGCGUGAUUCGUGAGAGCUUCCAGAAGGGCCGUGAUCAGAUGGUGCCCAUCACUCUACUGGCUGUGGCUGUGGUCCUGGCAUUUAUCAUGGGUGCUGUCUUCUCUGGUAUUGUGGUCUACUGUGUGUGUGACCAUCGUCGGCGCCAUCUUGAACUCUCCUCCCGCAAAAAACCUAAGGAAACUGUACACUCCAGACGUGGCUCCAUGAACAGUGUAACCAAGCUGACGGGCCUAUUCGAGACACAAGCCAAAGAUGGCCGUCCUGAAGCCAUCCUUGCUCCUCUGAUGCACAACGGUAAGACACUUAUCAAAGCGGAAGAGCAGCAGCACCUGGACCUGGUGGCACUUCCCACACCUGAAUCAACACCCAUGCAGCUGCGUCGCAAGCCCAGCCGUGCCAGCCGGGAUUGGGAGAGGAAUCAAAACCUUAUUAAUGCCUGCGCAAAGGAGCUGGCAUCCAUGGGCUCACCUAAUGUGCUGAUAGGCAGUGACAUGCCAAUGAGGGCGUCUCCAGGCCACAUUCCCAGUGUGGUGGUGCUGCCUUUACAACAGCACCAGCAGGUCUACCAGCACCAGCAUGAGUAUGUAGAGCAGCCACAUCGCACAGAUUUGCCUGAUGAUCAAGCAGCCACACUAGAAUACAAAGCAAUCAAGAGCCCAUGCCACGGUGUCAUGGUCGAUUCAGAUGGGGUGCCACCGCGCGUACCCCAAAGGGAGGCCUCGUUAGCAGCUGUGGUACCUCCAGCUGUUCCUCAGAUGGGCAAGAGGCUAGACGUCUACUGCCGUGGCUACCCAAUGGGCAUGAAGAAGCAGCAGCACAACACCAAUUCAUCCAACUCGUCUCACCUGUCAAGGAAGCGAAGCUUUAGCCGUGCCGAAACACCACCCCCGGCUCCACAGAGGCUUGACUCCAUGCACGUUUCUUCACCUUCAGGCCUUUCACGUCACUCCAGCUUGAGUUCAUACGGCUCGUUGCCUCGCUGCAGCUCCCGGCACCGCAAACCAGAUGUUCCACCCAAACCUUCCCAGUUCGCCCUCUCUGGCAAAGUUAAGUGCAGCGACUCAGGGACAUAAUCACUGCAAAUUGGACAGGGGAACGUAAAAUCUGUGUUGUACAGCUGUGUACAGGAAAUGCUCACUGUUUUUUAAGAAAACACACAAAAAAAAAACAUUUUUCACAUAAAUGUACGUGUUUAAAGUCAGGCUGGUGAUUCCCUCAUGGUGAAAGAUGCUAUUACCUGCUGCCGAAAAAAGAGGGACUCUCAAAUCUCUUGACACUGAGCCAGAGUCUAUUUUGCUCAGUUUCCUCCAAGACGACAGUAUACCAGGUUGAGGACAAACCAUGCCACAACUGGUGUUUUCUUCACAGCCUGCCAAAAGCACAGAGAGGAGUGAAAUUUCAUAGACCUAAAGCUGGGAUGUACCCCAGUUUAAAAAAAAAAAAACACACACACGGGCAACAGCAAUUUCAGCCUGGAACAACAGCUGGUUUACAAAGGAAAACUGUGAAGUAAGAUUAAAAACAAUGAAAUGCCUCUCUCAGUGUUGCAGCUACUGGACACAGCAAUCAAGGUCUGCCUUUAGUGAGGUCUGAAAAAUUGUCUACUGUAACAGGUGACUGAAUAACCCGUGACUGUUAGUACUAAUAGCUGGUUGUAUUUAUUUUUUAAUAAAGUGCUUUCAAAGAAAGACGGACUCUUUUUAGUCUCAGAGAGAGAUACGGAGAGAGAGAGUUUUUUUUUUAUUUUUAAUUAAUUAUGUAAAAUUAUUUAAAGUCAUUCAACUGGAGCCAGUACAACUUAUCAAAGCAAGGUCCUUAAACUUUUUGGGAUGUUUCUAAGUGAGCGUCUGCAGCGAGGAGCUAUUUAUAAAACUUUGCCACAGGAGUUCGAGAAAAGUUCAAAUCAAGCAUCACACCAAGAUGCAACUCCUCUUGUGAAAAAAAAAUACAUUAAAAGGAAAGAAAAUAAAACAGUCCUCAAACUGGAACUCCUUAAACACACCUUUACUUCUCCAUGUGCGUCUUCAUUCAGCACUGUGGAUCGUAUCAGCAACCUCUAAUCCUUAUGGCCAUAACUUCAGCGAGUGCCAUUCUGGUUCACUUUUUGCAUGAAGCUGUGCAAAGACUGAGCCGAGGAAGAACAAAAAAAAAAAAGAACCCCACUUUUAUUUUCAACAAAAACAGAUGGAUGCUGGCACAACACCAGCAUGGCAGAAAUGCUUAUUUUUAUUUAGCAGGUAUUAAAAGGUAUCAUUUCCUAGUCUCAUGUUCACGCAGACCCUCUUACUGAAUUACAUGUUCGAUAGCCUGUUUUUCGUUGUUGUUUGUUUCUUCCAUGUGUAAAUUUGUGCCUUACACCCCUGAGUAGUGAAGAGUUCGUUAGCUGUUAACUGUUACUUAGUAGUCCUUAUGAUUAUGUAUUUUCCUUGUUUGAUAAGUAAAAAAAAGCAACUUAAGAAUGUAGGUAUUCUUGUUGUUCAGUCUGGUCACUUGGAAAUACCGGGUGAGCGGGGCUAACCACACAGCAUAUUUUGUGAUUGAUUUCUAAUCGUGCCAAUGAAACACUUGAAAACAGCCCGUUUGUUGUGCUAGCAGUGCUGUCAGUGUUGUUGUUUUUUUGUUUCGGGUUUUUCCUGUUGUUGUUGUUGUUGUUUUUUUGUUUUGUUUUUUUUCCUUUUCUCUCCAGGGGCUGAUGAUGUUCUUAAUUUUGUUUCACAAUUUGAAGAAUAACUGCAUAUUUCCGGGAAAGGUCUUCUUAGUUCUGGAUGGUACAAUGUAAUUAAAUGGCUAAUUGGCUAAAUAGCUCAAAUUCAGCUUUUUAGUGUCUAAUGUCUCGCACUAAAUGACACUAAGCUCUUAAUAAUCAUGUUGAGAGUUUCUAGGCAGGAAAUACAGGCUGGCUCCUGUGAAACGAAAAGCACUUGAAUCAUUUUAGGGAACAAUUUACUGCUUUGGAUGUUUAUGACAGAUGCCAACUAACAUAAUUUCCUAACUAUAGUAUCGUUAUUAUCUACAAUGAGGGUUUUAAUCAUCAGAUUUGAGUAUUUAACUACUUCCCUGAAACAUUUUAUAACUCAAAUUUUCCGCAAACGAUCGGAGCACUCACCUAGUCUAGUCUCUGUAGACUGGCAUAGAUUGGAAAUUCUUCAGCACUUCCUUCUGCUGUGGAAGUCACUCAUACGGCGGAGUGAAGGGUAGCAGGAUUUGCCCUUUCCUCUCCUUAACUCGUAUGUUACUUGGACUAACAUGUACAUAGGUUCAGACCGCAUUGGCCAUCUCGGAUAAGAUUAGGAGUAGUGAAGGGCCACUCAGACUCACUCACUCAUUCUCUGAGUAAUGCAUCUUGGCCUGUGGUUUUUGAUGCUGAUUGUGGACAGUGGGCUCUUUGGCGUGCCUUUUGUUUUUCACCCCGACAGCUACGCACUGCUAGAGGUGAACAGAGCUGGACAUUCCAAAAUCUCUUGAAGUUUAUACACGUGUAAGAUAAUGUUCAGUCACAAGGUUUUUUUCCUUGUCCUUCUCCAACCUCCUUAACAUCUGAUUCAUAAGUAAAUGUAUGUUGUAAAAACAUUCUCUUUAAUAAAUGAAGAAAAAAGCUAAUAAAAACAUUUAAG